AUGUCUGCAGCCAUGCUGCGAGAACUUGCCAAGGGCAACGAUGAGCACGUCAAGAGCUUUUCCGGUAGCAUAAAGUUCUCAGACUUCCCAAAACAAGACGCCGUCAUCAUUUUGACCUGUAUGGACCCCAGGAGCAAUAUUAUCGACACGUGGAAUCUGCCCUUCGGACCCGCCAUCUUGCGGAAUGCCGGGGGCAGAGCCACACCAGAUGCCCUCAGAUCUAUGCAAGUCCUCGCCUCCAUCAUGGCGAAUGGCCAGAGCACACUUGGCGCCGUGGCUGUGAUCCAUCAUACGGAUUGUGGGCUGGUGAACUUUGGAAACGACUUUAUUCAUGAGAGGAUGAAGAUGAAUGCUCCGGAGCAUUUGCACAAGCAGAUCGACGGGAUGGAUCAUGGUGGAUUUACUGACGUAGAGGCCAGCAUCAAAGAGGACAUGGCCAUCAUCAAGGCUGAUUCUUUCCUUCCUAAGGGUCUCGAAGUCCUUGGCUUCAUCCACGACUCGUUCACGGGAAAGACCACGGAGGUAGUUUAG